CGUUAAAUUGGGUCGUAGUGGAAACAAUUGACUUGAAUUCGAUGUGCCGCGUUUUUCACACGGACUUUUCUCAGCGUCGUACCGCAUGACCAACGCUUUUUUGUUUUGUUUUAGCGUUUACCUGUAAAAUGAGUUUAUUUCUACCCAAAUUAUCGUGCAAAAAGGAUAUAGAUGAAGUCAUUAAAGGUGUAGCUGAAAAAGUCGUCGUCUUGAGAUUUGGCAGAGACGAGGAUUCUGUUUGUUUGCAACUGGAUGAGAUACUUUCUAAAACAGCCCAUGACCUGAGCAACAUGGCGUCUAUUUAUAUCGUUGAUGUGGAUAAAGCUCCAAUUUACACCAGAUAUUUUGACAUAAGCUACAUCCCUUCCACUGUUUUCUUUUUCAAUGGGCAGCACAUGAAAGUUGACUAUGGUUCCCCAGAUCACACAAAGUUUGUCGGGAGCUUUAAGACCAAACAGGAUUUUAUGGACUUGAUUGAAGUAAUUUACAGAGGAGCCAUGAGAGGGAAGAUGAUUGUCCAGAGCCCAAUAGACCCCCGGAAUAUACCCAAAUAUGACCUUCUGUACCAUGGCAUUUAGUGCCGACUAUGUUUGUUAUUUAUUACUAUGUCUUUGUGGUACUUCAUUUUUAUAUAAAUGCAGUUUAUAAAUGCUUCCUAUGGAAAUAUUUUCAGUCAUUGUGGAAAAGAAUAAUAAACAUAUUUGUGUGA